GUUCGGUUCGGCGCGUGCACGCCCGCGGAGGGCCCGGCUCUGGGCCAGGGCGGGAACCUUCGGAUACACAGAGCGCCCCGGGGCGAGCUGGCGGCGGGCGGCGCGAGCCCAGGAGCUCCGCUGCGUGCGUCGUGGAGGAGGGACGGGGCGGGGGUGUCCCAACCUGGAGCGCGUGCGGCGGGGUAGCGUGGGGAGGAGGACUCCAGCCCGGGGCACGCAGCACCGGGGUGUGCCCGGCUGAGGUAUAGGAGCCAGGGGCUGCCUGGUGCCCCCACCGCGCCCACCCCGGCAGCCUGCAGGUGGCCGGCCUCUUCCACCCACUGCGCCCAGAGCCUCUGCCGGUUCCAGGCGCAGCGUGUACACAUUUUCCGAUUUCCUCCCAGCCUCCGCCCUGCCGCGGCCCGGUGACUCAGGACCCCGGCGGCCGGGCCCCCAGCUCCAAGGGCUCUUUGUUUGCUCAGGGCUUUGGCUCCAGCCCUUCUGCCUGGGGCGGUCAAAAGGAUUUCCUGAGCCUCGCCCUGGCCCGCUGACGGCCUGGCCAGUGGGCCCUGAGGAGGCCUGGGGUGGGGGUCCCCGAGGCAGGGCAGCCAGCCCCAACACUGGGCUGGGGAGAUGGCCGGCAGAGAGCAGCCUGGAUCCGGUCAGCGGCCCCUGGAGGAGGAGAAAGAGGCCGUCCGCCGGGCCAUCCAGAAGGAGCUGAAAAUCAAGGAGGGCGUGGAGAACCUGCUGCGUGUGGCCACGGACCGCCGCCACCUGGGCCACGUCCGGCAGCUGCUGCGGGCCUCCAACCGCCGCCUGGAGCAGCUGCAUGCUGAGCUGCAGGAGCUGCAUGCCCGCGUCCUGUUGCCCGGCCCGGCCCCGGCCGAGCCUGUGGCCUCGGGCCCCUGGCCACGGGCGGAGCAGCCACGAGCCCGGCACCUGGAGGCUCUGCGGAGGCAGCUGCAGGUGGAGCUUAAGGUGAAACAGGGGGCUGAGAACAUGACCCACACGUGUGCCCGCGGCACCCCCAAGGAGAGGAAGCUGCUGGCCGCUGCCCAGCAGAUGCUGCGGGACAGCCAGCUGAAGGUGGCCCUGCUGCGCAUGAAGAUCACCAGCCUGGAGGCCAGCGGGGCCCCUGAGCCAGGUGAGGCUUGGGGAGGCGGGGCGGGAGCGGCGGGGUGGGGGCGGGGCGGGGCUGCUGACCGCUCUCCCCCGCCAGGCCCUGAGCUGCUGGCCGACGAGCUGCAGCAUCGACUGCGCAUCGAGGCCGCUGUGGCUGAGGGCGCCAAGAACGUGGUCAAGCUGCUCGGCGGCCGGAGGACGCAGGACCGCAAGGCCCUGGCUGAGGCCCAGGCCCAGCUCCAGGAGUCCUCCCAGAAGCUGGACCUCCUGCGGCUGGCCUUGGAGCGGCUGCUGGAGGGCCUGCCUCCCACCCACCCUCUGCGCAGCCAGGUGGCCCGGGAGCUGCAGGCGGCGCCGCUGCUUGGGAACCCCCAGCCCUCAGCGACACUUGGGAAGCCCACCGCCCUGACAGGGACCCUGCACGUCCGCCUCCUGGGCUGUGAGCAGCUGCUGACCACCGUGCCUGGGCGAUCUCCAGCGGCCGCGCUGGCUGGCAGCCCCUCUGAGAGCUGGCUUCGGGCCAGGGCCAAGCAGCCGCGCGGCGGAGGCGGCCUGACCAGCGAGGUGCUGGCAGUGCUGAAGGUGGACAACCGCGUGGUGGGCCAGACGGGCUGGGGACAGGUGGCCAAGCAGUCCUGGGACCAGACCUUUGUCACCGCCCUGGAGCGCGCCCGCGAGCUGGAGAUCGGCGUGCACUGGCGGGACUGGCGGCAGCUGUGUGGCGUGGUCUUCCUGAGGCUCGAAGACUUCCUGGAUAAUGCCUGUCACCAGCUGACCCUCAGCCUGGUGCCGCAGGGGCGGCUCUUCGCGCAGGUGACUUUCUGCGACCCAGUCGUUGAGAGGAGGCCCCGGCUACAGAGACAGAAAUGCAUUUUCUCCAAACGGAGAGGGCAGGACUUCCUGAGAGCGUCCCAGAUGAACCUCAGCAUGGCAGCCUGGGGACGCCUGGUCAUGAGCCUGCUGCCCCCCUGCAGCUCGCCCAGCACCAUCAGCCCCCCAAAAGGGGGGCCCCAGGCCCCGACAACACCACGGGGCCCCUCGGAGCCUGUGUCACCCAGUGACUUCCUGCCCAAGAAGAUCCCCUUGGGAGAAGAGAUGCGGCCCCCGCCCAAGCCCCCUCGGCUCUACCUGCCCCAGGAGCGGACCCCCGAGGAGACUCCGUGCACCAAACGCCCGCACAUGGAGCCCAGGCCUGGACUCGCGGCGCCCCAGCCGGCCUCCCCCACCAGGAAGACCCCCCGGCUUCAGGACUUCCGCUGCUUGGCUGUGCUGGGCCGGGGACACUUUGGGAAGGUCCUCCUGGUGCAGUUCAAGGGCACGGGGAAGUACUACGCCAUCAAAGCGCUGAAGAAGCACGAGGUUCUCAGCCGAGACGAGAUGGAGAGCCUGUACUGCGAGAAGCGGAUCCUGGAAGCCGUGGGCCGCUCAGGGCACCCCUUCCUGCUCUCCCUCCUCGCCUGCUUCCAGACCUCCAGCCACGCCUGCUUUGUGACAGAGUUUGUGCCCGGGGGUGACCUCAUGAUGCAGAUCCACGAGGAAGUCUUCCCGGAGCCCCAGGCCUGCUUCUACUUGGCCUGCGUGGUCCUGGGGCUGCAGUUCUUGCAUGAAAAGAAGAUCAUUUACAGGGAUCUGAAGUUGGAUAAUCUCCUGCUGGAUGCCCAGGGCUUCCUGAAGAUUGCAGACUUCGGGCUGUGCAAGGAAGGCAUCGGCUUCGGGGACCGGACCAGCACCUUCUGUGGCACCCCGGAGUUCCUGGCCCCCGAGGUGCUGACCCGAGAGGCCUACACGCGGGCUGUGGACUGGUGGGGGCUGGGCGUGCUGCUCUACGAGAUGCUGGUGGGGGAGUGCCCGUUCCCGGGGGACACGGAGGAAGAGGUGUUUGACUGCAUCGUCAACGCGGAUGCCCCGUACCCCCACUUUCUUUCAACCCAAAGCCUGGAGCUCAUUCAGCAGCUCCUGCGGAAGACCCCAGAGCAGCGUCUGGGGGCGGGCGAGCAGGACGCGGAGGAGAUCAAGGCUCAGCCGUUCUUCAGGGCCACCGACUGGCGGGCCCUGCUCGCCCGCACCGUCCGGCCUCCCUUCGUGCCCACCCUCUGCGGCCCCGCAGACCUGCGCUACUUCGAGGGUGAGUUCACGGCGCUGCCGCCUGCGCUGACCCCGCCUGCCCCGCAGAGCCCCCUCACCGCCCGCCAGCAGGCCGCCUUCCGCGACUUCGACUUCGUGUCUGAGCGAUUCCUGGAGCCCUGAGGCCCUCUCCCGGCGCCUCCGCCCCAGCCCCGGACUGGCCAACCCCCCGCUGCCCGCAGGCCCAGGCCUUCCACAGUGCUUCUAUGCUUUGGGGCCCCAGGUAGCGGCCUGGGGACUGCCAGCGUGGGCUCCGCCCAGCGUCACUGGGCAAGGUGCACCCUCCCCGGCCUCCCGCCCUAACCCUGCCUCCUGGGAAGACCUGGGCCAGAAAGGGUGCCACAGCGAGGAACAGUUUAUGUUUUUAAUACUUGACUUGCUUUACGGAUCAUUAAAUUUGUACAACUGUG